GUAGUUAAAUAAUUAUUUUUGUUUUAUGAGUGUUGAUAAUGUAACUUUAAAUACUGUAAUGUCUUUCUUAGCCAAAGUGGUUUCAUGUCAGCAUCUGUUGAAAUUUUCUUUGAAUACUGCUUUCAAAACUGGCGAACGGUGUUUUGCAAAAACAAUUCUUGGAGCUAUUACUGGAAAAGCUAAGCUUUUAGGUGGUGCCUUUGAAAAGAAGAAACCACUACCUGUAGAAACAGAUCCUCAUAAACUGGUGAAUUAUUGCUGUGGGAGUAACAUUUACAAAGAAGGGGAAGAUGUAAAACUUAAGAGUGAUGAUGAAUAUCCUGAAUGGCUUUGGACAUUAAGACUUGGUCCUCCUCCUCCUUUGGAAGAAAUGGAUCCAAAUACUAAAGAGUAUUGGGAACGUUUCUUCUUUUUACAGCGAAUACGAAGUUUAAGACUGAAAGCAGCUAAAAUUAAGCAAAAGAAAUUUGUUAAUGAAGGAGAUAAAAUAUAUAAAUUACAUACAUUGAGAUUCCGUGCUUUGGCUUAUAAGAAAUAUGGAGCAGGAUAUGAUAAGCCUCCUAAAUUUGAUAAAGCAGGCUGGAGGAUAAUUUAAAAGGAAUGUGUAACUUAUUAAUUGUUAUUUUAGUUACAUUGUAAGAAAUGCUAUUUUUAAAUGCUUAUAAGAUUUGGCAGUCAUAAUAAAAUUUUUUUUUACUGCUAG